UAUUUGAUAUACAUAGAUUUAUGAAAACAUUAUUAUAUGCUCAUCACAUUUCUUCAUCAGCAUAAAGGGUCACAUCCACAUUUUUCAACUGCUCAAAAAUUUGAAAUAGUCCUAUAUAAAGAGGGCUCUAACACAUUGCAUGGCAACUCCAACAAUAAAGCAAACAAGAUUUGAGUUUUGAUCUUGCUUCUAUUCUACAAUGGCUUGCUUGAACAUGUCGAGCAACGAUCAAGCCUUGUACAGCGCGAACGCAGGGCCAAGAAUCUCGUUUUCAAGUGAUUUUCUUGAGCCAGUCAAGCUGGAGAAGAGCUACAGAGAGGCCCCGGUGUCCUCGGAUUUUGAGUUCUCUGUCCGGAACUACUCUAUGAUCUCUGCAGAUGAAGUUUUCUUCGAUGGCAAAAUGCUGCCAUCGAGGGAGAGCUUCACAAAGGCAAAAACCCUCAGAGACGAGCUCCUUUCUAGUGACGAUGGUUGUGAGGAUGUCUCGUCGCGGAGGGCGAAGGGCACGAACCGAUGGAGGGAGAGGUUUGGACUGAAGAGAACACCCAAGAGUUUGGGAAGUAUAGAUGAGAUGAAGGCCUUAGAGAUGGGUGUUUUUGGCAGGAAGAAAUGAUCAUGUAUUUUGUAAAAUUAGUCUGAUUUUUGUUGUAAAUUGUGCUGA